AUGGUAACUGUUGGUGUAUCUUGUAUCUUAACAUUUUUAACCGAUCAACAACGAAUCAAUCUUUUAUUGUCAUCGAAUGAACAUAUUGUAUCCUUAAUAAAAGCAGUAACUACUGUUCAUGAUAAUAUUAUAUUAACUAAACAUCGGGUCAAUGUAAGUACUUUUGUAAGAAAUAUGAUGAGAUUUAGUGAAUACGUCAUAGUAAUGAUACAACCAACGGUUGCCAAAUUUCUACAAAAAACAUUCUAUCAAGGUUUAAAUGAAUUUACAGUGAUCUACUGGGCAGUCACGAAAAGAAAAGGUAGCAUGAAUGGAUUAUGGACAAAACGAACAGAAAAUCCAUAUGAUGGUUGGUACGAUUGUCAAUAUGAGUCAAGAGUUAUAUCAAUUGAUUGUAUAAGCGGAACUUUCUUAAUCGAUAAUAUGACAAUAGGCUUUUUACCUGAUAAAAUCAUCUUUCAUGAAACAUUUGUUCGUGUAUUUGAUGAUCAUAUCUUUGAAGUUCAAGUGGCUGAUUCAUCUAAUACAUACAUUACUAAACAUUCAUAUCAUGAUAAUGGACUUGUUCAAUACGAAUUUUAUUUCAAUAAUCGAAUUAAUCAAUUGAUUAUUAAAGAACAGUACAUACAUACAAAUGAUAUUCUUCAAUUGAUUCCUCAUAGUUUUUUUAAGAAUGAACUGCCAGAUAUGUUUGUCUCCAAUUACAGCCAUUGGUGGAAUUCGAAAAAUCAAACAAUUGAGUUUCGUCCCAUUCAUUUUAAAGAUAUUAAUUUUUUAAAUAAUAAAUCUUAUAUAAUGUUCAUCAAUAGACGAUAUGUUACUACAACUGAACAAUUUAAUCCACAAAUAUUGAUCAAUCAAUCAUCAGUGUUCUUUCAAAGUUUAUUUAAUCGAUACUUUAGUCGUCUUGAUGAUAAACCUUAUAUAUAUAUGAUGCUGAAUAAUAUUGAUCAGACAAAUUUUAUCGUUCAUAUCCAUUUAUCACGUUUAGGUAUUGCUUUUCAAUACGAUCCUAGAACGAACAUAAUUAUAUCUCGUGAAUAUUCAUAUAUGUGUAUUGAUGAACAUCAAUUAUUCGGAAGUUUAACAGGUUUGAUGUCUGGCCUUCUUUUAUCACCAUUAUCUGUCAACAAACGUAAAAUGGAAUGUUAUCCAUAUCGAAAAUUGAUCGUACCGUUUGGAGAAUUACAUAGUGAAAAGACAUCCAACAUCGAUUAUCAAACUGUUAUUAUACACCGUUCAUCGUCAGUAUCUUUUCUUCAUCAAUAUUUUGUUUUUAUUUUAAAUGAUCGAUUAAAAAUUUUACAAUCGACUGAUAGUCCUACUGGUUGGCUUUAUUUAGCAUUGUUACAUGCAAUGACAUCUCAUACUUUACCAGAUCAAUAUACUGGAAUGACUGGAAUGGAACGCGCUUUUCAAUUAUUGAAUUCAGCUGGUUGUUGGUCAGAUCAACCUUUCGAUUCACUUUCUCUAAAUAUGUUGAGUCAAAUUGCUGCCAUAUCACCAAAAGUAGAUUACUAUCCAGAACAUCUGACUUAUAUGGAAAAAAUCGAUUGGAAUAAGAACGGUAUACCUUAUUCCAUGCAACAUUUCGGAUAUUAUUUGUUAGCAAAAAGACUAAUUGAAACAAGUCAACAGUUGGAGUUCAUGUAUUCACCAUCAAUUUCUACUAAGAUGCCUGAAAUAUUUGAAAACAAAUUGUAUAAUGAAUCAUUAUUAAAAAAACUUUAUUGGAAUUAUCGAGAUUCAUACAAUCCUAUCGCUAGAUUACCCAAAGAGAUAGAAGAAAAUAUAUUGUGCUCAUUAUACGUAACACCAUAG